AUGGAUGAAAUAGAAAGAUUAAAGAAGUUGAAUGAGAAGUUAUUUGAAGAGAAUAAAGAAUUACGGGGAGAAAAUGAGCGGUUAACAGAGGAAAACCCUCGAAAACGAGUUAAAGUGUUGGAAUUAAAGAACAAUCCAGUGAACGAAUUAAAAUGGAAAAACAACUCGAUGAACGAGAAGUUAGUUAAGGAAAACGAAUGGUUGAUCAGCAAUCGAGCGGUUGGGAACACAACUGUUGAAAGACUGGAAAUGGAGAAACACCAAGAUAAGCUGGAGAUAGAGCGAUUACAUAAGCAGUUAGAAAGAUUGAAGGACAGAUACAAGAAGAACAUCAGACGAUUUAUGGAGAUAGUUUAUAAGAUAUUGGGAUACAAGAUUGAGUUUAUUACGGAGGAGAGGUUACGAAUUACACCUAAGCAGAAAAAAGAGAGUAGUAUAGUGAUAGAUAUAGGAGAUUUGAAAGAGAUGAGGUUAAAUAGAGGAAAAUUUAAGGAUUUAAACUCGGAAUUGGUCGACAAUUUGGUGAAAUUCUGGAUAUUAGACAAGAAAGAAAUGAGUUGUUUCUUCAAUGCCUUGAGUCUUGAAUUGUACGAGCAGGAAAGGAAGGAGUAG